AUGAAGCUACCUCUGAUCCUGUUGAGCAUUGGUGCUUCCCAGGCACUUACCGUGCCCUUUUCACCUACUGUUCAAACCAGCUACGGCGAUCUCGUCGGUACAAAAUCGACUUACCGCCCGGGAAUCAAUGUUUUCAAAGGCAUCCCCUAUGCAAAGCCGCCGGUUGACUCACUCCGAUGGACUCCGCCUCAAAAGCCAGAGCCUUGGUCUGGUGUUUAUAAUGCCAGUGAUUUCAAGCCCAAAUGUGCCCAAUCACUGGAGAUGGGCAGUAGCCUGUGGACCACGGGAACGACUUCGAUGAGCGAGGACUGCUUGUAUGCCAACAUCUGGGCACCUGCCAAUGCAACAAGCUCUUCAGCACUACCCGUGUAUGUUUGGAUGUACGGAGGCCGCUACGUGGAUGGCUCCGGUGAUGUUGUGACCUACGAUGGUUCAGGCCUUGCCGAACAAGACAUUAUUGUUGUAACAUUCAACUUUCGACUUGGGCCAUUUGGAUUUUUGGCUCAUCCAGAACUGUCUGCCGAGUCGCCAUUCAGCAGUUCGGGGAAUUAUGGUGUGAUGGAUUUGAUACACAUGGUCCAAUGGGUCAAAGAUGAAAUCUCUGCUUUUGGCGGCGAUCCGAACCAUAUCACCGUUGGAGGACAGUCAUCGGGUUCAGCAUGUGCUUUGAACAUGAUGUAUAGCCCACUGGCCAACGGAUUGAUUAGUGGUGUUAUCGCGGAGAGUGGCGCCCGGGCAACCCACGAUCCUCUGACAGGGGUCCUGGCUACUAGCUAUCGCGAGAAAGAGGCUGCCGAGAGCUCCGGUGCCAAGGUCAUGGCAGAUUUGAAUGCGACAACUCUGGCUGAGAUGCGCAACCUGACGAUGACACAACUCCUGGAAUAUAUCCUGCUAGAUGGCACUCUCUUCGACGGCUCCUCUUAUGAAGACGUCAUCGCAUUCGUGCCUGGACCUCCCGAGUGGCGCCCUGUGCUUGAUGGCUACGUAAUGCCACGCUCUUACGGUGCCGCCCUUCGCCAGGGUCUACACAAUGAUGUCCCUAUCUUAACAGGCAACAAUGUCGACGAGUCGGGGGCUUCAACGGCACCAGGUCUGACGGUCGACACCUUCUAUUCCAAUUUCACCGCCAUGCUAGGGAACCUGUCCACUGAAUUCUUCCCGCUGUACCCUCUCGAGGACAAGACUGCCGCGGCCGCGAAUAACGCCAGUAAUGCUGCUUUCGAUGACAUUAGUCGCAUUUCAACCUGGGUCUGGGCCAAGGAAUGGUAUAGCGGAGGUGCGAAAAGCGACGUCUUCACCUACUUCUGGACACACGCUCCCCCAGGACAAAAUCAAGGAGCAUUCCACGGAGCAGAGAUGUACUAUGUUUUCAACAAUCUUCCCUACACCGACACGUCGCUACCAUGGACAUCAAAGGAUUACGCCAUUCAAUCACGUAUGACUCGCUACUGGGCCAACUUUAUUCGCACAGGCAACCCAAACAAUGCAGGCUUGCCUUUCUGGCCCGUUAGCGGUAAUGCAAAGGAAACGAUGUGGCUGGGUAACUCCUGGGGGGUUGGACCUAUCGCAGACGACGCCAGAAUCAGCUAUGUUGAGGAGUGGUUUUCUCGGAACCAGGAAUGGUAA